CGCUUCACUUCCGGUAUAAUGACUUGAUGCGGAAGUACAUUCACAACAAUCACAUCCCAGGGUGAUGGGGCCAGAUAGUGCCCCAGGUCCAGCUGUGCCCUGGCGGAAGGUGCUGUGGGAGCGCCAGCCCUUCCCUGAUAACUAUGUGGACCAGAGGUUCCUGGAGGAACUGCGCAGGAACGAGGGCCUUCGUCACUACCAUUACUGGGCCGUGGUGAAAGAAGCAGGCUUUGUGGGACAGCAGCUGUCCUGUGUGGCCAUUUUCAUCACCCUCUGGCUCUACAUGGAGAAGGGUCUGUUGUCCCCUGACACGCUGCUGUUGACCAGCCUCAUCUGUGGCCUGCUGGGCUAUGGACUGCACCAAGCCUUGACAUGUCGUGUUGAAUCGGGCUGCGGGCCCCGCACACAUCUGGCCAACUUGCAGAGUGCCACCAUUUUUCUUUCCUUCACCUUUGGCUUCUCGCCAGUUCUAAAAACACUAACAGAGUCUGUGAGUACGGACACAGUGUAUGCCAUGUCUGCUGUGAUGAUGCUGGCCCACCUAGUUUUCUUUCCUUACGCCCAGCCGUCACCCCCGGGCAGCCUGUCUUUAAAUGCGGCUCUGUUUGCCUCUGUGUGUUUAGCCUCUAGGUUACCCGGGGCCCUGCACACCUUCGCCAUGCUCAGCUGUGCCCUGCUGGUGUUUGCCCUGUGGCCCUGUCUGUUACAGAGGCUGAGAGAGAACGCCCCUUGCCACUUUACUGGGGUGUGUGUGGGAAUUUGUAUCGGAGGGGUAGGAGGCCUCGGCUCCCAGUGGCUUGGCGGGGCCGUGCUGUUGGCCCUGGCCCUCGGAAGUGUUACAUUAAUCUGUCCCUUAGUACUUGUCAGACUGCAGAGGCACAAGGACAACAUCCAUGGACCCUGGGAUGAGGCGGAGAUUCAUGAGGACCUCAGCCGCUUUCAUCACUAAAAGACGGAGCAGUGCUCCUGAACCAUAGUGACAUUUAGGGGGUAGGAAUUUUAUAUGAUAUAUAUAUUUAAUUUACCAUCAGUCCAAGUAUUAUGCUGGUACUAUACAGAUAAACUGACUAAAACAGUAACUCUUUUAUCAAUAAGACACCUCUGUUUGGAGAGCCAUGACAACACUAUUCUAUUGUAGAUUAUACAUUUUUUUUAACAUUAAAUCUGCCACUGUCUUCAUGUUGACCUCA